AUGUCCGACGACGAUGAGACUAUCGCCACUUCUACGACUGGCAUGAUGACUCCUACAUCAACCGUCACUUGCUGCUCGAUCAGUCAGGAAAUCAAAGUGCCAACAAUCACGAUCUUGGUGGACGUCCUGGACCCCAAAUGA